CGUAAACGGCGCACCGUCGGACGUCAGUUUGAAUCUGAAAGCGAACUUGUUCUGUUUUACGCGGUUAUUUGUCGCUAUUAUUUCGACGAUUUUUCAGUGCGAUUUAUACCAUUUGCUUAUCGAGUGUUACAUUAAAUAACGAUUUUUAUUCUUAUUUUUGAUUGUGAAUAAUUUACGAUUUUUGUGAAUAUCAACAAUCCACGAAAUGGUCGGAAAAACGGCAAUCGGAAUUGAUUUGGGUACCACAUACUCUUGUGUGGGUAUCUGGCAACACGGAAAAGUCGAGAUCAUCGCCAACGACCAAGGUAACAGAACCACCCCGAGUUAUGUGGCGUUUACGGACACCGAACGGUUGAUCGGAGACGGGGCCAAGAACCAGGUGGCCAUGAAUCCCAGUAACACGGUGUUCGACGCCAAACGUUUGAUCGGCCGUCGGUUCGACGACGAGAAGACGCAAGCGGACAUGAAACAUUGGCCAUUCAAAGUAGUCGACGACUGCGGAAAACCGAAAAUCCAAGUGGAAUUUAAAGGUGAACGAAAGGUUUUCGCGCCUGAAGAGAUAAGUUCGAUGGUAUUGACUAAGAUGAAGGAGACCGCCGAAGCGUAUUUGGGUCGUAAUGUCACGGACGCUGUCAUAACGGUGCCGGCGUAUUUCAACGAUUCGCAGAGGCAAGCGACCAAGGACGCGGGCGUCAUCGCCGGUCUGAAUGUGAUGAGGAUUAUCAACGAACCGACGGCUGCGGCUCUGGCCUACGGUCUGGACAAGAACCUGAAAGGGGAAAGGAACGUGUUGAUAUUCGAUCUGGGCGGCGGUACGUUUGACGUGUCCGUGUUGCAGAUCGACGAGGGAUCGAUAUUCGAAGUGAAGUCUACGGCGGGGGACACACACUUGGGAGGCGAAGACUUUGACAACCGGCUAGUAUCUCAUUUGGCGGAAGAGUUCAAGAGAAAGUUCAAAAAGGACGUGAAGAGCAACCCAAGAGCGUUGAGACGGCUGAGAACCGCCGCGGAACGCGCCAAGAGAACUUUGUCAUCCAGCUCUGAGGCCACCAUUGAGAUCGACGCCCUGAUGGAAGGCGUCGAUUUCUAUACGAGAGUGUCCCGAGCCCGUUUCGAGGAGCUGUGCGCCGACCUGUUCAGAGCGACCUUGCAACCGGUGGAGAAGGCGUUGGCGGACGCCAAGUUGGACAAAGGAGCUAUACACGACGUGGUGCUCGUGGGCGGUUCUACGAGGAUUCCGAAAAUUCAGAGUCUCCUUCAAAACUUUUUCUGCGGUAAGUCGCUCAAUCUGUCCAUCAACCCGGACGAGGCGGUAGCUUACGGCGCUGCCGUACAGGCGGCAAUUCUUGGUGGCGACACGAGUUCUGCCAUCCAGGACGUGUUACUCGUGGACGUGACGCCUCUGUCGCUGGGCAUCGAGACCGCGGGAGGCGUCAUGACCAAGAUCGUCGACCGCAAUUGCACCAUACCGUGCAAACAAACCCAGACGUUUACUACUUACGCGGACAACCAACCGGCCGUCACUAUACAGGUGUUCGAAGGAGAAAGAGCCAUGACCAAGGACAACAAUCUGUUGGGAACUUUCGACUUGACCGGCAUACCACCGGCGCCUCGAGGUGUGCCCAAGAUCGACGUGACUUUCGAUUUGGACGCUAACGGUAUUUUGAACGUGUCGGCCAAAGACAACAGUUCCGGUCGUUCCAAGAACAUAGUCAUCAAGAACGACAAGGGCCGUUUGUCUCAGGCCGAAAUCGAUCGUAUGCUCAGCGAAGCCGAGCGGUACAAAGAGGAGGACGAACGACAAAAGGUCAAGAUCGCGGCCAAGAACCAGUUGGAGAGUUACGUGUUCGGCGUGAAACAGGCGCUGGACGAGGCUGGCGACAAGCUGACCGAAUCUGAGAAAAACGCUGGCAAACAGCAGUGCGAAACGGUCAUCCAGUGGUUGGACAACAAUCAAUUGGCGGACAAAGAAGAAUAUGAGUAUAAACUAAAGGAAAUCCAGAAGAACUGCUCGGAGUUGAUGAUGAAAUUACACGGCGGUCAAGCCGGAAGACCGCAGGCCGCGCCUCCCGGAGGUUACGGAUUCCCCGGAUCACCAUCCCGAGGACCUACUGUUGAAGAAGUCGAUUAAUUUUUUUUUUAUGUUCCAUGUUACGACUUUUGUAAAUAUUUAUCGUGUUUCCUAUUGAUUUUUCUUGUCGUUAAAUCUCAAUGAUUGUUUAUUGUUCCAUGAUUAGACUGAUUUUAUGUACUUUUUCUAUAUACUUAUAUAUAUAUUCGGCUGUGUAUGUGUAAAAUACUAUUUGAUUUUAUUUUCGCGAAAAUAAAAUUUAUUCAAUAUUAAGAAUU